CACCUAUUAUUUUCUCUUGUGGACUAUAUGUAAAUGUCUUUUAUGUGAAAUAUCUUAUUCGCCAUGACAUUGUCAGCCACACUAUUUAUUAUGUUAGGUACCACUGAUGCAAAGUCCCAAGCCACAUAGUUUCACAAUAAAUAUUAAAUACAGUUGCCCUAAAACAAAUUUAUUGCUACACAAAAUAGACACUCUUGUACACCUAUGUUAUGCUUAAACAAUGAAUGAUUGAUUGUUUGAAUGUCAUUGCAUUACAUAAUAUGUGAAUUUAUGAAGUCAGUUCUCCUCGAGUUCACACGUGUCCUAUCAGAGAAACCACUUGAUUACAUUAAUUAUGAACAUGAUUAACUAACAUUGUUGUUAAAUGGUUGGGUACUGUAUUGGGUGUGAUUUUUGUCACUUUAUGCAGUAUUUUGUUUCAGUUUAGUUGCUGAAAUGUGUUUCUCAGAUGGCGUAUUGCCAGCAUAUAGGGGUUGAGUUCAUGUUCAUCAAUGACCUGGACCAGUGUCAGUGGAUCAGACAGAAGUUUGAGAGGCCUGGAGUCAUGCAGUUCAGCCUGGAGGAGAAGAGAACACUGCUGGCUCGCAUGGUCCGCUCCACCAGGUUUGAGGAGUUCCUGCAGAGGAAAUGGUCAUCUGAGAAGCGCUUUGGGCUGGAGGGAUGUGAGAGUCUGAUCCCAGCGCUCAAAACCAUCAUUGACAAGUCCAGCAAUAAGGGAGUAGACACAGUCAUCAUGGGAAUGCCUCACAGAGGGCGUCUGAACGUGCUUGCCAAUGUGAUCCGUAAGGAACUGGAGCAAAUAUUCUGUCAGUUUGACUCUAAACUGGAAGCUACUGAUGAGGGUUCAGGAGAUGUCAAGUACCACUUGGGCAUGUACCACAGGAGGAUAAAUCGUGUGACUGACAGGAAUAUUACCUUGUCAUUGGUGGCCAACCCUUCCCAUCUAGAAGCAGUGAACCCGGUGGUGCAGGGCAAGACUAAAGCGGAGCAGUUCUACUGCGGAGACACAGACGGCAAUCGGGUGAUGUCCAUUCUGCUCCAUGGUGAUGCUGCAUUUGCAGGUCAGGGCAUUGUCUAUGAAACCUUCCAUCUGAGCGAUCUGCCGUCCUACACCACACAUGGCACUGUGCAUGUGGUGGCCAACAACCAGAUCGGUUUCACCACAGAUCCUCGUAUGGCGCGCUCCUCUCCGUAUCCUACUGAUGUUGCCCGUGUGGUCAAUGCCCCCAUAUUCCACGUCAACGCAGAUGAUCCUGAAGCUGUAAUGUACGUGUGCACCGUGGCCGCAGAGUGGAGAGCCACCUUCCACAAAGAUGUGGUGGUGGACCUGGUAUGUUACCGCCGUAAUGGCCACAACGAGAUGGAUGAGCCAAUGUUCACCCAGCCGCUGAUGUACAAACAGAUCAAGAAGCAGAAAGGAGUUCUGCAGAAAUAUGCGGAGAAGCUCAUCGCCGAAGGUGCCGUCUCACGACAGGAAUAUGAGGAAGAGAUUUCCAAGUAUGACAAAAUCUGCGAGGAAGCUCAUGCUCGCUCAAAGGAUGAGAAGAUCCUCCACAUCAAUCAUUAUGUUUGGUGUGCAGGUUUUUUCACUCUGGAUGGUCAACCCAAGAGUAUGAGCUGCCCGUCCACUGGUCUGCCAGAGGAAGAGCUGACCCACAUCGGACAAGUGGCGUCAUCAGUACCCGUGGAGGACUUCACAAUUCAUGGAGGUCUGAGUCGUAUUCUGAAGGGCCGUGCUGACAUGAUCAAGAACAGGACAGUGGACUGGGCCCUGGGAGAGUACAUGGCCUUUGGCUCUCUACUCAAGGAGGGCAUCCAUGUGCGUCUCAGUGGCCAAGAUGUGGAGAGAGGAACCUUCAGUCACCGUCACCAUGUUCUCCAUGAUCAGAACGUAGACAAGAGGAUCUGCAUUCCCAUGAACCACGUAUCCCCUAACCAAGCCUUGUACACCGUCUGCAACAGCUCUCUGUCUGAGUACGGAGUACUAGGUUUUGAGUUGGGCUUUGCUAUGGCCAGUCCCAAUGCUCUGGUUCUGUGGGAGGCCCAGUUUGGAGACUUCCAUAACACGGCUCAGUGUAUAAUUGACCAGUUCAUCAGCCCUGGCCAAGCUAAAUGGGUCCGCCAGAACGGCAUUGUCUUACUGCUGCCACAUGGCAUGGAGGGCAUGGGUCCCGAGCACUCGUCUGCCCGUCCAGAGCGCUUCCUGCAGAUGUGCAAUGAUGACCCUGACUUUAACCCUAAAGUCACUGAUGACUUUGAGGUGCGUCAGCUGUAUGACUGCAACUGGAUUGUCGUAAACUGUUCAAAUCCCGCCAACUAUUUCCAUGUAAUGAGGCGGCAGAUCCUUCUUCCCUUCAGGAAACCUCUUAUUGUCUUCACUCCAAAGUCUCUGCUGCGUCAUCCGGAGGCCAAGUCUAACUUUGACCAGAUGCUACCAGGCACUCAUUUCCAGCGCGUGAUCCCAGAUGAUGGACCGGCAACUCAAAACCCCUCAGAGGUGAAGCGCAUAGUCUUCUGUACAGGAAAGGUCUAUUAUGAGCUCGCGCGUGAACGCAAAGCACGCAACAUGGAGGACUCUGUGGCGAUCACUCGCAUUGAGCAGCUCUCUCCUUUCCCGUUUGACCUGGUGAAGGCUGAGACUGAGAAAUAUCCCAAUGCUGACCUGGUCUGGUGUCAAGAGGAGCAUAAGAACCAGGGAUACUACGACUACGUCAAGCCCCGCAUGCGCACCACCAUCGACCGUGCCAAGCCUGUCUGGUAUGCCGGACGUGAGCCUGCCGCCGCCCCGGCCACUGGAAACAAGAACACCCAUCUUCUGGAGCUGAAGCGUUUCCUCGACACUACCUUCAACCUGGACGCCUUCAAAGACCACAUCUAAACCUGUCCUUCAGUCCACAAAGAAAACGAAAACUCACAAACACCCCAUUCACCCAGCAACCAAAUACAUAAAGAAUAGCGAUACAGUUUAUCCAAUGUGUUCAGUUUUGCAAAACACUCUCCGUCCUAGACUCACUCUCUCCUGCAUGAAUUCACAAUUAAUUUUUUAGUUAAUAAUGUUCAUUUCAAGCCUUCGUCACCACUGUUGCCCAGUUCAACAACACCAGAUGAUAAACCACAGGAGAUAAAAAAUCUCUUGCUUAAGCAUAAGUAACAGCACAAAUGUUGAUUUGAAUAGACCUCUAAUAUAUUUUCAACCAAAGCACAGCUCCAAUCCUGUUAAAAAGCUUCCUUGUACAGUAAUCGGCAUCAGUUGCCUCCAAACUCACUAUUAAAAGACGUUUCCCUAAGCUUUCAUGUAGGGUUGUUGGUAUCCCUAUUCUCAAUGGCUAUAUGGCUUUAAUUUGUAUAUUUGUGUUUUCUUUUGUUUUUCUUUAUUGAUCAUUGUGGGCUAAAUUCAGAAUAAGGGAGAAAUUUGGCACAUACAUUUACAGUGUCUCAUUCGUGGGCAAGAUUGUCAAGUAAGUGGUGAAAACGACACUUUAUCUGUACCUUUGCACUGUUUUCUGGUAAGAAGAAAAAACAGUUCUCUGUGGUGGAUGUUGCAGUUGUAUGAUUGUAUUUAUGUAAAACUGACUUUGUAUUCAGAGGAGAAAAGACUUGGUGUCAAAAUCAGGACUGUGGAAAUGUUUGUGGCACCUUUACAUGUAUGUGCCUCUGUUCUGGUUCCCCUACCAUUGUCUGUCGAUGGCAUUGUAUAGUCCGCACACUCAGCUAAUCAUUGAUGCAGCCUGGUGCAGAUAAAAACCCCUUCAGAACUCAAAUCCUCAUUUGCCAUCUGAUAACGUGUGUCAUACAGCCCAACCCAGCAGCAGGAACAUUUAAUAUGGCAAGCAAGACAGAAUUACACCUGUUUGUGGUCACUCUUUUAAAUAGAAACCUAUGACCUCUUUUUGGCUUUUUCAAAGAGAGAGCAAAUCAUUUUAUUUAUUUUGUUUCUUUGGAGGAUUAAGAUUCUGUUCUCAUAACGGUUUAGCUUCAUACAAUAAACUCAUUAACUUCUCAAA